AUGGAUUCUUUACAAUCUUUACUUUAUGUCUUGCAGCUUGACUUCUGGACCUCACCUUCACAUCCCAAGAGAUUCAUUGACAUCCGUGUGCCAUUCUACAGCCUCCAGGAUGUCAAGGUCUACCUGGAGUCCAACAACAUCCAGUACAGUAUCAUGAUCCACGACUUGCAGGCUUUACUGGAUGAAGAACAGAGACAAAUUAAGUUUGGCCGUUCAAUGGAAAAUGCCCGUUCCACUGACACCUUUAACUAUGCUACCUACCAUACCUUCAAUGAGAUUAACACUUUUAUUGACCAACUGGUGGCCGAAAACCCUAGCUUGGUGAGCAAAAUUGAGAUCGGCAAAAGCUAUGAAGGACGCCCACUCAAUGUCCUCAAGUUCAGUACUGGAGCCAAUCGUCCCGCUUUCUGGAUUGAUACUGGAAUUCAUUCUCGGGAGUGGGUCACUCAGGCCAGUGGCAUCUGGUUUGCCAAAAAGAUUGUCACAGAUUAUGGCAAUGACCCUUCUCUCACUGCCACUCUCAACAGUCUGGAUAUCUAUUUGGAAAUCGUCACCAACCCUGAUGGCUAUGCUUACACCCACUCCAAUGACCGUAUGUGGCGUAAAACCAGAUCUCCAAAUAGUGGCUCUUCCUGCGUAGGAACUGACCCCAACAGAAACUGGGAUGCUGGUUUUGGCGGUGGUGGAUCCAGCAGCAACCCUUGCACUGAGACCUACAGGGGACGUGCAGCCAAUUCUGAGGCUGAAGUCAAGGCCAUUGUGGACUUUGUGAAGAGCCAUGGUAAUAUCAAGGGAUUUGUUUCAAUCCACAGCUAUUCUCAGAUGCUCCUCUACCCCUAUGGAUAUACUAGUACUCCUGCACCUGACCAAGCUGAAUUGCAUGCAGUGUCUACAAGAGCAGUUAAUGCUUUGGCAUCCCUCUAUGGCACCAGAUAUACCUACGGAAGCAUUAUCACCACUAUCUACCAAGCCAGUGGUGGAACCAUUGACUGGACCUACAACCAGGGUAUUAAACACUCCUACACCUUUGAGCUUCGUGACACUGGUCGCUAUGGAUUUGCUCUUCCAGCUAACCAAAUCGUUCCCACAGCUCAGGAGACCUGGUUGGCCCUUACUGUUCUUAUUGAGCACACUCGUGAUAAUCUCUAUUAA